CCCAACUUGGCAACAUCCCGUUACUCGGGCGAGCCUGAACGCAGGAUCAUCACACGUGCAGGAGGAUGCUGAUCCCAACCUCUGCAGCGUCCCGAACCCCGCACCGGAUCCUCUUUUAAUGCUUUCACUUUCGUUUCGAUUCUUGGCGUUUGCACUUUUACAGCCAUGUUUAGCCGAACAGUCUCCAGUGCGCUUCUUCUGUGCGUCUUCCUGCACUUCUGCGCGAUAGACGGACAGACGCCGAACUGCCAAGAGGUCCGCGCCGUGUUUCACACUCUGCACCCCGGCUCCAAGUGGGUUCCUGAAACCGCCGUGUCAGGUGCUGAUCUGCAGGUGUGCCAAACCAAAGGCCCGACCUGCUGUUCCAAAAAGAUGGAGGAGCGAUAUCAGGUAGCGGCUCGCAGCAACAUAGAGUCUGGCCUGCAGGUUGUCAGUGCCCAACUCAAACGUCUCAUCAUCCAGAACGCAGCUAUUUUCCAAGAGGCCUUCGACUUGGUGCUGCGCCACGGUCGUAACUCCACGUUGGCCAUGCUGAAGUCCGAGUUCCCCGCUCUGGGAAGCGGAGCCCAAAGCUCAGUGGGGCAGCUCUUCCUGGACAUGUCCCUCUACAUUCUGGGCUCAGACUCUACAGUGGACCACAUGGUGGCAGUGCUCUAUGGCCGCUUUUUUCACCUGGCCUACCGCCGCCUACUUGGAGGCAGUGGGUCUGUAUCUGAAGAGUGUGCUAGAGAAGCCUGGAAGGAUUCAGGAGCUUUUGGGCCGUAUCCCAAACUUAUGAUGACCCGUCUGUCCCGCUCGCUCUUAGCAACACGCGUCUUCCUGCAGGCGUUGAAUCUGGGCAUCGAGGUUGUUAAUACCACAGACCACCUGCGACCCAGUCGGGACUGUGGCCGAGCCCUGAUGAGACUGUGGUACUGUGCGCAGUGCCAGGGCUUGCUGGGGCCUCCAGCCUGCAGAGGGUUCUGUCAAGCAGUGAUGCAUGGCUGCCUAGGAGGAGCGGUUGAGGUGCAGCCUCAUUGGAAGACCUACGUCGAUGGCUUGGGGAGGUUGGCGGCGGCCAUGAGUGGGGAGCAGGACAUGGAGGCUGUGGUUCUCAGACUGCCAGCUAUGAUCCGACUGGCUCUCAAACACGCUGUGAAUGCACGCAGCCGUCUCAGUGUUGUGGUGAGUGGCAUGUGUGGACAUUCUCCACAGCGCUCCAGCCGCUCUGUAGCAUCCUCUCCUCUGCAGCAUCCUUCUGUCCCUGCUGCCAGCAGCUCUCAUCCCUCAACCUCAGACCUCGAUGAGACCUUGGGGGGGCUCCGCAGGGAGUUUGUGUCCAGUCUGAGGGAAUUCAGCUUCUUCUACAGUGGACUAGGGGAGGCCCUGUGUAGCCGUGAACCUGCACCAGUAAACCACUCCCUCUGCUGGAACGGGCAGGAAAUGACGGACAAGUUUUCCGGGCCCAGCCUCAAGCGCUCGCACUCAGGUUCUGAAUCGCGGAGCAACAAGCCUCUGGAGCCUGUCAUCAGUCAGAUGAUAGACAAACUCAAGCACAUCAACCAGUUACUGCGGAUGGUGACGGUUUCUGAGAAACGCUGGAGGGCCCGGACACGCGCAGGCGGUGCGGAUGGAUGGAGUGAUGACGGCGAAGAAGGAUUUGAGAGUGGCGACUGUGACGAUGAGGAUGAAUGCACCGGUGUCUCUGGCCUGGGACCGCCUCCACGACGCAAGCGGUUACGCGUCUUUGCAGACCUGGCGGACAACCUGGCGAUGGAUGACUUCACCUUCCAGGAGCAGCUUCUGACCCCACCACUGGCCCCGGCUGGUGCAGGAGGGAUCGCCUCACUCGGGGCUGCAGCACGCAGCUUCAAUCUGGUGCUGACGUCUUCCAUGACACUUUCUUUCCUCCUGCUGUGUCGCCACUGACCGUCAGCUUUGUAUCCUCCAAAAAAAAACAACCCACACACUUUCAAAAUGAAUCAUUUUCUUCAACUCUUUUUAAAGCACACCUGAUGAACCUGCCAUCAUGUAAAUAAGAAUCUUGGCCACGCCCACGAUUACCAGGCGCUGUCAUUGUGGUCUUCUGUUCUCUGUCUGCACUAAAUUACUGCCUGCCUGGUCCAAAUGUAAAAUAACUACUUUCCCUUGGCUCGUAUUUCUCUCUUGUUCAUGUGCUAAAAAUAGACACAUCAUUUCUGUCCUAGGCUGAGAGUACCAUGUUUACUAAAUGGGUUUAUUUGCAACCUUAACUUAUUUCUAGAGAUGUCCGAUAAUAUUGGCCGAUAAAUGCUUUAAAAUGUAAUAUCGGAAAUUAUCGGUAUCGUUUUUUUUUUUAAUCUGUAUCUUUUUUUUUCUUUCUUUUUUUUUUUUUUUUUAAAAUUAAAUCAACAUAAAAAACACAUGAUAAACUUACAAUCAGUGCACCAGCCCAAAAAAACUCCCUCCCCCAUUCACACUCAUUCACACAAAAGGGUUGUUUCUUUCUGUUAUUAAUAUUCUGGUUCCUACAUUAUAUAUCAAUAUAGAUCAAUACAGUCUGCAGGGAUACAGUCCGUAAGCACACAUGAUUGUGUGUGCUGCUGGUCCACUAAUAGUACUAAUCUUUAACAGUUAAUUUUACUCAUUUUCAUUAAUUACUAGUUUCUAUGUAACUGUGUUUAUAUUGUUUUAUUUCUUUUUUAUUCAAGAAAAUGUUUUUAAUUUAUUUAUCUUAUUUUAUUUUAUUGAUUUUUAAAAAAAGGAUCUUUUCUUCACCAUACCUGGUUGUCCAAAUUAGUCAUAAUAAUGUGUUAAUUUCACGACUGUAUAUAUCGGUAUCAGUUGAUAUCGGUAUCAAUUUAUAUCGGUAUCGGUAAUUACUAUUUGGACAAAAUCGGAAUUUCGGAUAUCGGCAAAAAGCCAUCAUCGGACAUCCCUACUUAUUUCUUCUGAAAAAUAUGAUUGCAAGAAAAUGUUUCUGUCAUGUCUGUGUAAUCAUGUUUUGUUUUAGUCAUAUUUUGUUUUGUUUAGUUAUUGGACUCUUUAGUUUCUGGCUUUUCACUCCCUUGUCUUGUUUCCAUGGUUACCCAUUAGUUUCACCUGUUCCACGUUUGAACUCAUUGUGCACUCUUGUUUGUCACCAUAGCAACCCAUUAGUUUUCACCUGCCCUCACGACUCACGCACCUGUCUUUAAUAAUGUCCCUAUUAUUUAAGCUUCCAGUUGCCAGGCUGUCUGUCUGGCGACAUCAUACCCCUGACACACUCUCCACACACCCUUAUGACCCUUGCUGCGCUUUUUCAUGCCAUUUUCUCAUCCAAGUAAGUUUUCUUUAUUCAUGCCAUAGUUUGCAAGUUUUGUUUCAUUGUUCAUAGUUUCUGCCAUAGUGCAAGUUUUGUGUUUAUAGUCAAGUUUUGUACUUCCGCCCUUGUGCGCGCCUUUUGUUUGCUUCUUUUUUUGUAGUUAUAGUGUUAAAUUAAAUCAUGUACUCCCCUUCACGCCACGUAUGGUCCAAAUCAUUUGCACCACGGGAGAACAAAUCACGCCAUAGUUUGAGUCGUGACAGUUUCAGUAUUUCACAUACUGUGUGAAGUUGAAAUACUGGAGGACCUUGGUUAAUGCUCUGUAAAUAAUUUUUUUCCUAACUGGUAACGAAAUAAUACCAAAAUGUUCACUAAGAUUUCACUAAGAUCACUAUGAUUCCCAAGCGCGGCCACAGCUGCUGCUCACAGCUCCCCUCCCCUCCCAGGGGGUGAACAUGGGGGUGGGUCAAAUGCAGAGGGUAGUUUCACCACACUUUGUGUGUGUGUGUGACUAUCGUUGGGACUUUAAGGCUAUGUCUACACUAAGCCGGAUAACCCCUUAAACGAAUAAUUAUUUAGCCUAAGCCCCGUUUCAGCCGCACUAAACUAUCGUUUAAGGACCCUUCUUUGGAUAAUGUUUUACACGGGUAAGUGUGCCGUGUAUUUCUUGAGUCUCCGACUCUUAGCUUUGUAUGGACUCAUUGAUCGUUUACGAACUGAGUUCGGAGAGGAAGUGACGCCAGAAAGACUGCGCCCAACACAGGAAGUGACGUCAGAAAGAACGCGCCACAGCCAGCUUCAUAAUAAAGCUGUUUCGUAACUCGGAGCUAACCACUGGAAAUAUGAAGCAGAGUCAUCCAGACGUGUCCGUGUUUCUCAUUCUUCUACAUGUACAGACGCUUGUGAGAAUCACACAUGAAUACCUUAAGAGAAAGUGAUUGCAGCUAUUUGGGAUACAACACUUCUCAGACAGCAAGAGAACUUUCCAAUGUCCAGGUCAGCUGUGAUGCUACUUACCGAAAAACGUUGUCCAUUUGUCGAAGGAGAGAAAACAAGAAUGCGAGCUCCCGUGGAUGUGAUUAAAAAAAAAAGGUAGAGUGUGCUUUGUAUUACCUGGCCGACGAGGGAAUUCUACGGAAAACAGCGAAUGCAUUUGGACUGGCAAAGCAGACUGUAUCAGUUAUUGUCCGCCAUGUACGUCGCGGACUCAACGUCUAGGUCCAGAGUAUAUAAAGUCACCAAAAAUGAAUGGACAAUGUAGGUGAAGUCAAAAGAGUGAGGAGUGUCCUGACCAGAUAUCUAGAUCCCUAGUUUGUUUGUUGUAAAAUGUCCUUUGUCACAUUGUUUACUUUUACGUGUUUAUUAAAGAUUUGAUUAAUUUA